AUGGCAGAGGUCACCAUCCUCUUCCUCCGUGCUUGCCUGGCGCUGCUUGCCAUGCCCAUCUACCUGCUCUCCUUCCUGGGCAUAUGGCAGCCCUUCUGCAGGAAGGUAUUUUUCCCUUUCUUCUCAGAUAAGUGUUCUGCAUAUCACCAGAAGAAAGUCAAGAAGCAUAAGCAGGAGUUAUUUCGUAACCUACCUGACUUCACCAGCCCCUCGGGAGAGCUGAAGCUGCUGGAGAUCGGGACCGGCUGCGGCAUGAACUUCCAGUUCUACCCACCAGGCUGCAAAGUCACCUGCACCGACAUAAACCCCAACUUCCAGCAAAGCCUGUUGAAAAACCUAAGCAAGAACCAGCACCUCCAGUACGAGGGUUUCCUGGUGGCUGCAGGAGAAGACUUGCACCAGGUGCCCAGCAGCUCCGUGGAUGCCGUGGUCUGCACCCUGGUCCUCUGCUCCGUGAGCAACAUCACUGGCACCCUGAGAGAGGUUCUGCGAGUGCUCAGACCAGGAGGAGCUUUCUAUUUCUUGGAGCACGUGGCUGCGGAUCGUUCCAGCUGGAAUUAUUUUUGGCAGCAGGUCUGCCAUCCGACUUGGAAACUCCUCUUUGAUGGAUGUUGCAUAACAAGAGAGGCAUGGAAAAAUCUGGAAGAAGCCAAUUUCUCGGAGCUGAAGUUACGACACAUCAAGGUGGAGCUGCCCUGCCCGCCCAUCACUCCUCACAUCAUUGGCUACGCUGUGAAAUAA